UCAGAACGGCUUUCGAACAUAAGCUCCAGGGCUGUUCUGUACUUAUACGUCCACUCAAGAUCUCUAAACUUAGCUAGGCCUACGUCUCUGCGUUUCCUUUACUUCAAUAAUGGCAGCAGCACAAGCGGAAGAUCCCGAUCCAACAGAAUACUUAUUCAUUUCUCUUGAGCAGAAACGCAAAGAUCAGACUAAGCCGUACGAUGGCAAAAAGAUGGUCUGGGUUCCUGAUGAGAAAGAUGGGUUCAUCAUUGGCAAUAUUGUCAGCACGAAAGGUGACCAAGUGACAGUCGACUGUCCUGGUGGUGAGCGUGUGUUGAAGAAGGAUUUACUUCAACAAGUUAAUCCUCCAAAAUUCGAAAAGGCUGAAGACAUGUCCAACUUGACCUACCUAAAUGACGCUAGUGUUUUGCAUAACCUGAAACAGCGUUAUUACGCUAAAUUGAUUUACACGUACUCUGGCUUGUUCUGUGUGGUAAUCAACCCUUACAAGCGGUUCCCGAUUUACACCAACCGUGUCGUUCAGAUUUACAAGGGCAGGAGGAAGACUGAGGUGCCCCCUCACCUGUUUGCUGUUUCUGACGGUGCUUAUAACGCUAUGUUGCAAAACCGAGAAGACCAGUCCAUGUUGAUUACUGGAGAGUCCGGUGCCGGUAAGACUGAGAACACGAAGAAAGUAAUUGCAUAUUUUGCAAACGUCGGUGCCAGCACCAAAAAGGAGGAUAAGGAGAGAUUAUCCAAGAAGGGUAACUUAGAAGACCAGGUCGUCCAAACCAAUCCCGUUUUAGAGGCCAUGGGUAACGCCAAAACCGUGCGUAACGACAACUCGUCUCGAUUUGGUAAAUUCAUCAGAAUCCAUUUUGGUGGCAUGGGCAAGUUGGCCGGAGCAGAUAUUGAAACAUAUCUACUUGAAAAAGCUCGUGUGAUCUCCCAACAAGCUGCUGAGCGAUCUUACCAUAUCUUCUAUCAGCUCAUGUCCGAUGGUAUCCCUGGAACAAGAGAGAAACUUCUUCUCUCCGAUGACAUUUACGAAUAUCACUUCAUAUCUCAGGGAAAAACUGAUAUUCCAGGCGUAGACGACGCAGAAGAAAUGAGGCUUACUGACCACGCUUUCGAUGUGCUGGGAUUCACUGAAACUGACAAAGACAACAUAUAUAAGAUCGUCGGCUCUGUCAUGCACAUGGGUGAGAUGAAAUUCAAACAAAGACCACGAGAAGAGCAGGCUGAGGCUGAUGGUACUGCAGAAGGUGAACGGGUGGGACACCUGCUGGGCGUGAACCCUGCUGAUCUUUACAAGAACUUUUUGAAACCUAAGAUCAAGGUCGGCGCAGAGCUGGUUACUCAGGGCAGAAAUAAGGAUCAGUGCACCUACUCCAUCGGUGCUAUGGCCAAGGCGAUGUUUGACCGGUUGUUUAAGUGGCUCGUGAAGAAAGUCAACGAGACCCUUGACACCAAGCAGAAAAGACAGCAUUUUAUUGGCGUAUUGGAUAUCGCCGGAUUCGAAAUCUUUGACUUCAACGGCUUUGAACAACUUUGUAUCAACUUCACAAAUGAGAAACUACAACAAUUUUUCAACCAUCACAUGUUCGUGCUGGAGCAGGAAGAAUACAAAAAGGAAGGCAUUGAUUGGGAAUUCAUUGACUUCGGUCUUGACUUACAAGCCUGUAUUGAACUGAUUGAGAAGCCCAUGGGUGUCCUGUCCAUCCUAGAGGAAGAAUCUAUGUUCCCCAAAGCCACCGAUAAGUCUUUUGAAGAGAAGCUAAAGAACAACCACUUGGGAAAAUCUCCCAACUUCAUUAAGCCUAAACCACCUAAACCUGGACAAUCAGAAGCCCACUUUGCUAUUGUCCACUAUGCCGGAACAGUGCCCUACAAUCUGACCAACUGGCUUGAGAAGAACAAGGACCCCUUAAACGACACUGUUGUCGACCAGUUUAAGCAUGGUCAGAACCAACUUGCAUGUGACAUCUUUGAAGACCAUCCUGGUCUCGGAAGUGGUGAUCAAAGCGGAGGAGGUGGUGGCAAAGGUCGUAAGAAGGGCUCUGGUUUCCAGACGGUAUCUGGAUUAUACAGGGAGCAACUGAACAAGCUGAUGGCCACCCUCCGAGCCACCCAGCCCCAUUUUGUUCGAUGCAUUAUUCCGAAUGAAACUAAAUCACCAGGUGUGAUCGAUUCCCACUUAGUCAUGCACCAGCUUACCUGCAAUGGUGUACUGGAAGGUAUCCGUAUUUGCAGGAAAGGUUUUCCCAACAGGAUGAUUUAUCCUGACUUUAAACACAGAUAUACAAUUUUGGCCCCAAAUGCAGUUCCCAAAGGAGCAUUCGUUGACGCAAAGCAUGCAACGGAAAAGGUUCUAGAAGACAUUCAGCUCGAGGCCAACGAUUACCGAUUAGGUCACACCAAGGUGUUCUUCCGGGCUGGAGUUCUUGGUCGACUGGAAGAAAUGAGAGAUGAGCGAUUGGGUAAGAUUAUCAGUUGGCUCCAGAGCUGGGUCAGAUGGUAUCAAUGCAAAAAGACCUUCAAGAAGUUGCAAGAACAGAGAGUUGCAUUACUUAUCAUUCAAAGAAACCUCCGUAAGUUCUUACAACUCCGAAACUGGCUAUGGUGGAAAUUGUACUCCAAGGUCAAGCCUCUUCUCAGUAUGGCCAGGAUAGAGGACGAGCUCAAAGACUUAGAAAAUAAACUUAAAGCAGCUACUGAGGCCUUGGAAAAAGAAGAGAAGCUGCGAAAAGAACUGGAGGUGCAAAAUGUAAAGAUACUCCAGGAGAAGAAUGCUCUGUUUUUGCAGCUUGAUGCGGAAAGAUCGUCGUCUGGAGACGUGGAAGAACGACUUACUAAGGCUCUGUCACAGAAGGGAGAUUUGGAAUCUCAAGUCCAGGAGCUCAACGAUCGCCUGACUCAGGAAGAACAGUCAGCGGCUCAGAUGAAUCAGAACAAAAAGAAACUUGAGGGGGACAUUUCUGCUCUGAAGAAGGAAAUCGAGGACCUCCAACUGGCUCUCCAGAAGGCUGAGCAAGACAAGGCUACUAAAGAUCACCAGAUCCGAAACCUGAAUGACGAAAUCGCCCACCAGGAUGAACUUAUCAAUAAAUUAAAUAAGGAAAAGAAGCAUUUACAGGAAGUUAACCAGAAAACAUCUGAAGACCUGCAGGGUUCCGAAGAUAAAGUGAACCACCUCAACAAAGUGAAGGCUAAACUGGAACAAACACUUGACGAGUUGGAAGACAACCUUGAGCGAGAGAAGAAGCUGAGAGGUGAUGUUGAGAAGAACAAGAGGAAAGUGGAAGGCGAUCUUAAGCUCGCCCAGGAAGCUGUGGUCGACUUGGAGAAGAAUAAGAAGGAAAUGGAACAGGCUCUUCAAAGGAAAGAGAAAGAAAUGGCUAGCAUCGCUUCCAAGUUAGAAGAUGAACAGAGCUUAGUCGCCAAGCUGCAGAAACAAAUCAAGGAGCUUCAGGCCAGGAUUGAAGAGUUGGAAGAAGAACUCGAGGCUGAAAGACAGGCGAGGGCCAAAGCCGAAAAACAGAGAGCUGAUCUAAGCCGUGAACUCGAAGAACUUAGUGAACGGUUAGAUGAAGCUGGUGGCGCCACCGCUUCUCAGAUUGAACUGAACAAGAAACGCGAAGCGGAACUUUCUAAACUUAAACGUGAUCUUGAAGAGUCCAAUGUCCAGCACGAACAGAUCCUUGCUAAUCUCAGGAAGAAACACAAUGACUCUGUCUCUGAACUUAGUGAACAAUUGGACCAGAUGAACAAACAGAAAGCCAAGUAA